CCUCUUCAAUGUCAGCCUCUCCAAAACAACUUGCAACCCUUCGCGAUCAGCUCAAGGCAGAAAUCGGAUCUCCUUCUACAAACCUGCAAAAAUGCAACCAGCUUUUGGCACAGUCAAAGAUUGUCAUGGCCGAACUCGGCGCCUUUACCCCUACACCUGGAAAGCCCGAUGCUUCUGUUCUGUUGGUAGCACGUGAUAUACUCGAGACAGGUGUCUAUUACAGUGUACGUGUCAAGGAUAUUGCUUCAUUCGAACGUUACAUUGCACAGCUCAACACAUACUAUCACGAUCUUGCGUCCGUUCUUCCUCCUUCUCCUCAAAUGUACCCCUUGAUUGGACUCAACCUUCUUAGACUUCUCUCACAGAACAGAUUGUCUGAAUUCCAUACCUCACUUGAAGCCAUUGAUCCAGAGCAGCUCCAGUCUAGCACUUUCAUUAAACAGGCAGUUGAUUUGGAGCAAUUUUUGAUGGAGGGAAGCUACAACAAGGUGUGGAGCACUCGAAGCACAGUCAAGGGAGAUGAGUUUAUGUUCUUUUAUGACAUUCUCAUUAAUACUAUUCGAAAUGAGAUUGCUGGCUGCAGUGAAAAGGCCUAUGAAUUCCUUCCUCUUCAAGAUGCUGGUACUCUUCUCUUCCUCAAGAAUACCGAAGAAAUAUUGAACUUUGCAAACCAGCGUGGAUGGAAGGUAAACCCUGUAGAACAAAAGAUCUAUUUUGGUACAGAGGACAGUAAUGCAGUAGAGAUCCCUCAGGAACAGAUCAUUACUCAGACAUUAGCCUAUGCUAGAGAAUUGGAGCGUAUUGUGUAAUAAGUCUAUAUCUGUACCCGAUUUUAAAUCAACUAAAUUAAAAACAAAAAAAAACAAAAAACAAAAAGGACAUAUAAUCAAAAGACGCGUAAGCACAAAGAUAGGCUUGGCUUUAACUAUGAAGAAAAUGAAUAAAGAUCGCAAAUAGAGGACAUUCUAUUUAUUGCUU